GGAUCUUCUUCAUUCAGCAGUAACUCUUCAUCAGACUCUUGAGGAGACAGAAUAAAGAAGCCGGCAGGAGCACACACACACAGCUCAAGUGUAUCUCAGCGAGUGUCUGGAUGGAGGGAGACGGAGGUGUGAAUCUCACACAGAGUCCUGAGACUCUCACCGAGGACGAUGUGUGUGUGAUCCAGGACACGUGGAGACCUGUCUAUGAGAACCGAGAGAAUGCCGGAGUCGCCGUGCUCAUCAGGUUUUUCUCAAACUUCCCAACGGCAAAGCAGUACUUCAAUCAGUUACGUGACAUGGAGGACCCCGAGGAGAUGAAGCAAAGCACGUAUCUGAAGAAACACGGCCUGCGGGUCAUGAACGCCAUCAACACGAUGGUGGAAACUCUGCGUGAUGGAGACAAACUCGACACCAUCUUCCAGCAGAUGGGCAAAUCACACGCGCUCAGACACAAAGUGGAUCCGGUUUACUUCAAAAUUCUGGCUGGAGUGAUACUGGAGGUGCUGGUGGAAGCCUUCCCACAGUGCUUCAGUCCAGCAUCGGUGCAGAGCGUGUGGUCUAAACUCCUAGGUGUCCUGUACUGGCAGAUGAACAAAGUCUACUCUGAAGUCGGCUGGGAAUUCAACCAAAACGCUGCAAAGUGAAGGAGAGAAUAUGUAGAGUUCAGAUGCAAAACUCCCUAAAAGCUAUCUCAGUCAAAAAUGAGAUAAUGAUACUGAGUGAAUGCUCCUGACACAUAUUCACGCAUCAAAUACUUUUACUUCAAACUUGCUAAAAUCCCAGCCUCAGCCCAAUCAGAAGUACCAGUACUUACAUACAAACCUAUACAUGGGAGCCUGAUAAAAAAAAAAAAAAAAAAAAAAAAAAAAAAGAAAGAUGGCUUUUGCAUCUGAACUCUUCAUAUAUGCAUAACUAUACAAAUUAAACCAAAGAUUAUUACAGCAAUGUCACAUAUAUUUGAUUCAUUGCUAUUAGUGAAAGAAAAAACGUGGAAAAAAAAGGCGUCAGAGAAAAUGAGCUCAUGCCAGACAAUGUUUUAUAAAUGCUGAUGGAUCCUGCAUGACAUUUUAUCUGGACUUUAUCGAUGUCAGAUCCCUAGCAACUGUUAUUCAGCUCAGAUGAUAAACACACAUAUAAAUCAGUGAAGAAAUCUCAAGCUCUCUGCAGCUUGUCUCCCAUUAAAUAUUUACACAUACUCCAGAUAAACCAUUGGUCUGUACACAAACACGACCUCCUUCAGAUACAAAAAUGUGCAUUUCUGAUGAAACAUUUGGGUCUCUGCUGGAGCUUUAGAUAAAUAUCCAGUUCAUCUGAAGCGGAUGUUUUUGAAAGAGCGAGUGCUUUUGUAUCAGUCGCUUCCAUUUGUGUGUUGUGAGCAUAAAACUAAUCAAAAUGAGUAGAAAGGACUGUUCUGUCUUACUAAAGCAACUAAACUUAUUUCUUUUUCUACUUAUUCAAAUGUUUUGUACAUUUAAAAUAAUCACCCAUUCAGAAAUAAACCCUGAAACAUUAAAGAAAUAAACUCUGAGUCUUGCAC